CGUCCAGUUGUCUGGAGUACCGUGAUGGGUAACGUGAUCAGCGCGGCGACGGAGGAUGCGAGUGACGCUGGCAUGAGCCAGCUCGUUGUUCCCCACGGCAACUUGGCGCCAGCGACAGAUACGGCCGCUGAGUGGAUCCAACAGUCUUCCCAGGACGAGGCUCUCGAGACUCCGUUGUACCGGCUUUACCCUUCGACGGAGACGUUCGGGGAGCAGGCCGUCUGGAGCAGCCUCAGGGACCACGAGUCCGACUCGGCUCUGCCGCCUUCGUCGCCGUACUCUCCCGAGCAGACGGCGGCGCCGUCCCGUCCGGGUCCUCGGCUCAUCUCGGCCGCGCCUUCGGUGCUGGCCGCCACGCGCUCCCUGCCGUCGCCCACGCGGCUGUCGCCGGCUUCGGACGAGGAACAGCGGACGCCGAGCCCGCUGGCGCGAGGCAGCCUACCUCUGGUGACGGAGCUCCGUUCGCAUCAGGCUGCCUCAGUCGGGCCCAGCGCAGCGUCUCUGAGCGCUCCCCUCUCGGAGGCGACCUUGACGGCGACGCGGCGCUUCCCGCCUCUGGCGCGCGGCCUGCUGGUGGCGGGCGCCGUUCUGUGGCUGGUCUCGGCGCUGCUGGCCCUGGUCACGUGGCGCCUGUCGCGCGAGCCGCUCGGCGCCGACCUCGCCCAGAACGUGUCCGCCCUAUUGCGACAGCUCGAGAGGCUCGCCACGGGCUCCGCGGGUGGUGCUGUGGCCGCCUCGAACGACUCGGUUGCGUGGAACCUGUCCCGCGGGAAUGCGGCGGCGAACCGAAUGGCCGACGCGGUAGCUGCUGGCGGCCACGAACAGCCGCACGUGUGAUUUGUACGCGCAAAAGUGUAGAUUGCAUUUUGUUAUAGUUCCGUCGCGUGUAACGAAGGUGCAAAAUAUACGACGCCAUUCACCUCGAAGCGACGACGUUCUGUACUUACAUCGCUACCAAGGACGUGGGGCCGAAAUUGCAAAGCAUCUCGUGCUUAAGUGCUCUUUUCCCAUUGGCUGGAUAGCCUUCGCUACGUCGCCAUUGGCUAGCAGCUGCUAUUUCAUUUCGCAAUCAGUUGUACCUUAAGAAUUUUCUUUCGUGGUUGCAGGCACAAUGGAGUUCUUGUAUUUCUUUGCGGGUAAAGCGCAGUACGAUUCAACAUAAUAAUAAAGGAAGCGUUCCCGCGGCUGCGGUC